UUUUGUUUACCUCUUACUGUUGCAUGUGAGAAAGGGAAUGUGGAUAUAGUGGAGGAGCUAGUUAAGGCAGGCGCUGAUGUCAAUCUAGAAGAUAAAUGGGGUGAUACACCACUGGAAAUUGCACAUAGGAAAGGAAAUGUGCAUAUAGUGGAGGAGCUGGUGAAGGUAGGGGCUGAUGCCAAUGUACAGGGUGGUUAUGUUAAUACACCAUUGGUAACUGCAUGUGAGAAAGGAGAUGUGAGUAUAGUGAAGGAGCUGGUGAAGAAAGGGGCUGAUGUCAAUAUACAUGGUAAAAGUCAGUGUUCACCACUGGUAACUGCAUGUGAAAAAGGACAUGUGAGUAUAGUGGUGGAGCUAGUAAAGGCAGGGGCUGAUGUCAAUCUACGGGGUUACAUGGGGAACACACCACUGGUAACUGCAUGUGAGAAAGGAGAUGUGAGUAUAGUGGAGGAGCUGAUAAAUGCAGGGGUUGAUGUCAAUCUAGAGGAUAAAUUGGGGGAUACACCACUCAAAGCUGCAUGUAAGGAAGGACACGUGAAUAUAGUCAAGGAACUGGUGAAAGCAAGGGUUGGUGUCAAUUUACAUGGUAAAUAUCUGUCUUCCCUACUAGUAGCUGCAUGUGAGAAAGGACAUGUGAGUAUGGUGGAGAAGCUAGUAAAUGCAGGAGCUGAUGUCAAUCUACGGGGUUACAUGGGGAAGACACCACUGAUAACUGCAUGUGAGAAAGGGCAUGUGAGUAUAGUGGAGCAGCUAGUAAAGGCAGGAGCUGAUGUCAAUCUACGGGAUAGAUCGGGGGAUACACCACUGAAAACUGCAGUGAGAACUGACUCUUUAUCAAUGAUAAGAUAUUUAGUGGAACAUGGAGCUGACUUGGUUACUCAGGUAGAUAUCUUUAUACCACUAAUAUAUAGAGCAUUAAUACUACACGAAGUAGAUUUUAUGAAAUGGUUUAUACAGGAACAAAACAAAACUAUUUCUGGCAAAUUUAGUGGGAAUGUACACCUAUUUAACUCUCUGGUGGACAUCAGACAUGCUGGAUUUAAAACAGAUAGUAAGGACGAUGUGGUGAUGACAGACAAAUCGAUGUGGUGUAUUGGUAGAAAGAUAGAACUGUUGAAAAUAAUGAGGAAAGGAGACUGUGAUUUACUAAGUCAUUUGUUGUGUGUGGGUCUGGAUGUUAAUCAAUUGAUACAGUCUUGUAUGUCUCAUCCGAUACCUCUGUUGCAUUUUCUUAUAUAUGACUGGGGUGUUAGUAAUAGACUAGAGAAAGUGAGGAUUAUGCUGGAGGCUGGGGCAGAUGUCAGUAUCCUGGUGAAAUAUAGAGAGGAUGACUUUGUGUAUAGAAAUCAUGUGAAAUGUAUAGCUAGUCACUAUAUGUUAGAUCGGGAAGGUGUGUCUGCUCUAGAGAAGACGAGGCGAUUUGUGCACAGUAAAUGUGAUUAUAUAUUUGGUUGGAACUUAGAAAGAACGACAGAGUACAAGAAAGUGAUGUGUGAGUUAAAAAAACAUGUUAGAAGACAUUCUGUAUAAUCCCUGAUAGAAUUGUAGAGAUAUGUUGUACUGAGUACAAGAGAUAGAUAUGUGAGUUAAAAACAUGUUAGAAGACAUUAUGUAUAGUCCCUGAUAGAAUUGUAGAGUUAUGUUGUUACUGAAUACAAGAGAGAGAUAUGUGAGAUAAAGAAACAUGUCAGAAGACAUUCUGUAUAUUCCCUGAUAGAAUUGUAGAGAUAUGUUAUUACUGAGUACAAGAGAGAGAUAUGUGAGAUAAAAAACAUGUCAGAAGACAUUCUGUAUAGUCCCUGAUAGAAUUGUAGAGAUAUGUUGUUACUGAGUACAGGAGAGAUAUAUGUGAGAUAAAGAAACAUGUCAGAAGACAUUAUGUAUAGUCCCUGAUAGAAUUGUAGAGUUAUGUUGUUGCUGAGUACAAGAGGUUGAUGAAUGAGAUAAAAAAAAACAUGACAACACAACGGAUACAGAUUACUACGUCUUAACCGGAACUUCUGUUGCAUUCACUGAGUGGGAUGUUAAUGAUAUACUAGUGAAAAUGAGGAUUCUGCUGGAGGCUGCGGCAGAUGUCAGUGUUCUGGGGGGAAUAGAGAGUAUUAGUCUGUGUUAAACAGGGAAGGUGUGUCUGCUCUAGAGAGAAUGAGGCGAGUGAUGUGUGAGUACAAUGAUAGUGAAGAUUUGUUUGACAGGAAGUACGAAAAAGUGCUUGAUAACGAAACAUGUCAGAAUACACUCUGUAUAGUGUUUGAUAGGUGUAUGUGAUACAAUAUACUGUUUUAUGAUGUACUGGUACUUUGUCAGUAGAUUUACCGACUAUACAACCUGAUAAAUUACUAGAUCUAUCUUUGUACAUAACACUUCUCAAUGAAUUGUCCCAGACAUCGGUAUACAUGUAUGUGUUGUGUAGCUUAUUGAUAUAAUUGCAGUGUACAGCAUUGAUGAAAUUGUAGUGUAAACUAUUGUAGAGUAAAUUAUUGAUAAAAUUGUAGUGUAAAUCACUGAUAGAAUUAUAGUGUAAAAUAUUGAUAGAAUUGUAGUGUAAAUCAUUGAUAGAAUUAUAGUGUAAAUUAUUGAUAGAAUUGUAGUGUAAAUCAUUGAUAGAAUUAUAGUGUAAAUUAUUGAUAGAAUUAUAGCGCAAAUUAUUGAUAUAAUUAUAGUGUAAAUUAUUGAUAUAAUUAUAGUGUAAAUUAUUGAUAGAAUUAUAGUGUAAAUUAUUGAUAGAAUUAUAGUGUAAAUUAUUGAUAGAACUAUAGGGUAAAUUAUUGAUAGAAUUAUAGUGCAAAGCUUGAUUUAAUCAUCCCUAUACCAAUUGGUAAGCAUGCAUCAUUCAUGCGAUAGCAAUAUUUCAAAUUUCUUCAUAUCUAUCCUUCAAAUUCUUGUUAAAUUUGGCAUGAAGCAUUUUCGGGAUAUGGGGAACAUAAAUUGUAUAUUUCAGGAAUCCUGCUUUCCUUGACCCCUAGGUUCGGAGCAAAACUUGUCAAAACAUUUUCGAUUUUAAAGAAAUAUUCCUCUUUACAUCUACACAUGUGUGAGAAAACUAAACACAUAGUCAUAUACUGUAGGAUGACCUCAACCAAACUGGCAAAUUUCACGAUCCCUGGGGUAGAGGCUCGGACGCCAGGUGGCGUCAAACUUGGUGUAUAAUGUUCGUGUGUAAAAUAUCUAAAUUAUAUAUACAUAAGGUAUCUUUAAUGUUGUUGAUACUAAAGUGAAAGUAGAUUGAUAUCUAGAAGAGACAUUAUUUGUUGAAAUGCGCAUCUGGUGCAUCAAAAUUGGUACCGUAUAAGUUUUAUAUCAUGUAACAUUUUGCCAAAAUUGUUAAUUUUAUUACUCCAGAGUUAGGAGUUAGGGGUUUUUGUUAAAGAAUGAGGGCAAUAAUCAUUAUAGUGAUUAUUUUAUUUAUGGUUCGCUGAUACUUUUACUGUAUCAAAGGAAAUCCAUUUUUAGGAUUAACAAGAUGAAUGUCCCAAAAUUGUAAUUUCAAAAUCCCAAAAUUCUGAAUUCAAGGCAGGUCCAAAAUAGUCAUAUAGUGUUAAUAUUACAUACAUGUUGUAUAUUAUGUGAAGUCAGUAUCAGUAUGGGCACAUUAUGGGGUACCAUGUCUUUGAAAAACACGUGUUGUUGUGUAUUCCAGCUGAAUAUUAAGAUUUAGCUUAGAUAAGCAUUGAUUUCAAAGCCCAUGGAGUUAAAUCAAAAUUAUUUUUUCUUAAUUUCCGUGUACAUGUAUCUGUUAUUGAUAAAAUUAAUACAUGUAUUUAACAAUGUCGCCAAUCAUUACAUUGUUAAAUAUGAAUUGCAUGUUUCGAUAAUACUGAUAUACUUGAAAAUAAUGAGCUGUGUUUUUCAUUAUUUCUGAUUAUCCUCUGAUGAUUCUGAUGUUGAAUAUUACAUAAUAAUUAGCUGUUGUACGACUUUUAAUUACCUGUGAUGAGUUUCAUGUUGAAUGUAAAACUUGUACGGUACCAAUUUUGAUGCACCAGAUGCGCAUUUCGACAAAUAAUGUCUCUUCAGUGAUGUUCAACCGAAAUCUUUGAAAUCCGAAAUAACUAUGAAGUUUUAGAGCUAAAUAUAGCCAAAAACAGCGUGCCAAAAUAGUGAAGCCAAAUUCGUCCAAGGAUAAGAGCUAUGCAUGAGGGAGAUAAUCCUUAAUUUUGAAAUGAAUUUCUAAAUUUUGUAACAGCAAUUAAAUAUCACAUAACAAUUAGCUAUGGUAUGAGUUUUAAUUAUCCUGUGAUGAGUUUGAUGUUGAGUAUCACAUAAUAAUGAGCUAUGGAACGACCUUUGGUUAUUCUAUGGUAGAUUUGAUGUUGAAUAUCAUAUAUAAUAAAGAAGGAGAUAUGCA